GAAACCAAUCGAUUAUGGUGAUUUGAUGAUUGCAUUAAAGACAUCAUGUAGUAAAUUAGGUCUAAUGGAAGUCGAAGGUUUUGUCCACAAAUGUAUUCAACUUUAUGAAACAACUGUAGUUAGGCAUGGACUAAUGUUAGUUGGUCCAACUGGAUCAGGUAAAACUAAGUGUUAUGAGGUACUUCAAAAUGCUUUGACAUCAAUUUGUAAAAAGGUAGCUCCAGAUGGCACAUUAUUUCAAACUGUGCAUACAUAUAUAUUAAAUCCUAAAUCAAUAACAAUGGGACAGUUAUAUGGCGAAUUUAAUCUAUUAACACACGAAUGGACUGACGGUAUAUUAAGUACAUUAAUACGUCAUGGUGUUAAUUCAUCGGAUGAAGAUAAACGCUGGUAUAUAUUCGAUGGUCCAGUUGAUGCUGUUUGGAUUGAAAACAUGAAUACUGUAUUAGAUGAUAAUAAGAAAUUAUGCUUAAGCAGCGGCGAAAUUAUUAAAUUAACUGAUCCAAUGACUAUGAUGUUUGAAGUAGCUGAUUUGGCCGUUGCUUCACCAGCUACUGUUAGUCGAUGUGGCAUGGUCUACUUAGAACCAAGUAUUUUAGGAUUGAAACCAUUUGUACAAUGCUGGAUAAAAAAAUUACCUGAUCCAAUAUAUCAUCAACAUGAUAAACUUCAAGAAUUAUUUGAUAGAUAUAUGGAAGAUUCAAUAAGAUUUAUUAGAAAUGAAACGAAAGAGAUUAUUACAACAACUGAUGGACAAUUAUGCUUUAGUUUAAUGAAAAUGAUGGAUUGUUUUUUUGUACCAUUUCAAUCGAAAGAGAAGAAUAUAAAUACUGAUGAAAUGAUUUCACGAGUUGGUCAGGCAAUAGAAAGUUGGUUUCUAUUUUCACUGAUUUGGUCAAUCGGUGCUACGUGUACUAAUGAAGGACGUAUGAAAUUUGAUCGAUAUUUAAGGCAUAAAAUGAAGGAACUGAAAUGUGGCUUACCAUUCCCUGAAGAAGGAUUAAUUUAUGAUUAUCGUUUCGAAGAUGAUGGUUUACUAUCACUUUGUGUCAAAGAUGACGAGGAGGAAGAUAAUUGUGUAAAUCGAAAAAUGCAUUGGGUAAAUUGGAUGAUAAAUAUACCAGAAUAUAAAAUCACUUCAGAUAUUCGUUAUUCUGACAUUAUUAUACCAACAAUCGAUAACGUACGUUCAAGUUAUAUUAUUGAAAUGUUAUUAUUAGCUAAAAAACCAGUUUUAUGCAUUGGUCCAACUGGUACAGGGAAAUCAUUAAAUAUUUUGCAUAAAUUAACACGUCAUAUGCCCAAAGAGUAUAUACCAGAAUUUAUUAUAUUCAGUGCUAAAACUACAGCAAAACAAACACAAGAUUUAAUUGAUAGUAAAUUGGAUAAACGACGUAAACAUUUAUUUGGUCCACCAUUAGGACGUUACAUUAUAUUUUUUAUUGAUGAUUUAAAUAUGCCUACAUUAGAAGUAUACGGUGCACAACCACCUAUUGAAUUAAUACGUCAAUGGAUGGAUUUCAGUGGUUGGUAUGAUUUAAAAAUGAUUGGUGAAUUCCGUAAAUUAAUUGAUGUGAAUUUUAUAUGUUCAAUGGGUCCACCUGGUGGAGGACGUAAUCCGAUCACUGCUAGAUUAAUGCGUCAUUUCAAUGUUUUGGCAUAUAAUGAGCUAGAUGACUCCAGUAUGCAAUUAAUAUUUAGUGUAAUCUUAAAAUCAUGGUUAAAUCGUUCUACCAGUGAAAAUGUAACAAUGAAACUUAUGUCUUAUACUGAUGAUUUGGUGAAAGCUUCAAUUUCAGUCUAUAAAACAAUUCAAAAGCAAUUAUUACCAACACCAGCUAAAAGUCACUAUACAUUUAAUCUAAGAGAUUUAUCAAAAGUAUUUCAAGGUAUGCUUAUGAUGGAUACUGAUCAGUUAAGUGGAAAUAUUGAACAAUUAUUACGUUUGUGGUAUCAUGAAUCAUGUCGAGUAUUCCAAGAUCGAUUAGUGAAUGAUGUAGAUCGUGAUUGGUUUAAUCAGUUAAUUAAUAAAACAUCAAAAGAAAUGUUCAACUUAAAUGUAAAUGAUUACGUGACAACUACGCCAUUAUUAUAUGGAGAUUUCUUGUCCAUAUCGAAAAAUGACGCUUCAAAAUAUAUGGAAAUGACUGAUCAUAGCAAAGUACUACAAGUUAUAGAAGAAAACCUCGAUGAUUACAAUCAAAUUAAUACAGCAAAAAUGGAUUUAAUAUUGUUUAUUUAUGCAAUACAACAUAUUUGUCGAAUUUCACGUAUUAUAAGACAACCACAAGGCAAUGCUUUACUUCUUGGGAUGGGUGGUAGUGGUCGUCAGUGUUUAACACGUCUUGCAUCUCAUAUGGCUGAAUAUGAUUGUUUUCAAAUCGAAUUAUCUAAAAAUUAUGGUAUGAAUGACUGGCGUGAAGAUUUGAAAAAAAUAAUGAUGAAGGCCGGUAUAGAAAAUAAACCAGUAACAUUUUUGUUUUCUGAUACACAAAUAAAAUCAGAAUCGUUUCUAGAAGAUAUUAAUAAUAUUUUGAAUGCUGGUGAUGUACCAAAUAUAUAUCAGUUAGAUGAAUUAGACAAAAUAUAUGAUUCUAUGAAAAUAGUAGCCGCUGAAUCAAGUUUACAACCAACUAAAACUAAUUUAUUUUCAUGUUAUACAAAACGUAUACGUGCUAAUCUACAUACAGUAAUUACAAUGAGCCCUAUUGGUGAAAUAUUUCGUGCACGUUUAAGACAAUUUCCAGCAUUAGUUAAUUGUUGUACAAUUGAUUGGUUCAGUGAAUGGCCAACAGAAGCUUUAAAAUCUGUUGCAUUUAGAAUGUUACAAAAUAUGUCUGAUUUAGAAAUUGACGAACAAACAUUACAAUCUUUAGUACAAUUAUGUAUAGAUAUACAUCAAUCAGUUGUACAAAAUACAGAAUUAUUUAAACAAGAAUUAAAUCGUCAUAAUUAUGUGACACCAACAAGUUUUCUUGAAUUACUAACUGUUUUCUCUAAAAUUUAUGGAUUAAAAAAAUCUGAAAUAAUUACUGCUCGUAAUCGUACACAAACUGGUUUAGAUAAAUUAUUAUAUACAGAAGAAGUUGUUUCAAAAUUACAAGAAGAAUUAGAACUAAUGAAACCAGAAUUGUUAAAAGCUGUUGAAGAAUCCAGAAAAACAAUGGAAGAAAUUGCACGUGAUUCUAAAAUUGCUGAAGAGACACAAAAUGUUGUAGCUCGUGAAGAACAACAAGCAUUGAUAAAAGCACAUGAAUGUCAAACGAUUCGUAAUGACGCACAACGUGAUUUAGACGAAGCAUUACCAGCUCUAUAUGAAUCAUUAGAAGCAUUAAAAUCAUUGAAUAAAAAUGAUAUAACUGAAGUUAGAGCUAUGAUGCGUCCACCAGAAGGUGUGCGCCUAGUCAUCGAAGCUGUAUGCAUUAUGAAAGAUGUUAAGCCGAAGAAAAUAGCUGGUGAUAAACCAGGCGUUAAAAUUGAUGAUUAUUGGGAACCAGGUAAAAUUAUGCUACAAGAUCCUGGAAAAUUUUUAGAUAGUUUAAUGAAUUAUGAUAAAGAAAAUAUUCCAGAGUAUAUAAUUCAUAAAAUUAAACCAUACAUUGAAUCUGAAAGUUUCUCACCAGCAACAAUCGCCAAAGUUAGUAAAGCAUGCACUAGUAUUUGUUUAUGGGUUAGAGCAAUGUUUAAAUAUUAUAAUGUAGCAAAAACAGUUGAACCAAAACGUCAGGCUUUACAAUCUUCUGAAUUGGAAUUAGCUGAAACUGAACAAGUAUUAAAUGAAGCAAGAAAUCGUUUAAAGGCAUGUGAAGAUCGUAUAACUAGUUUACAAAUAAAAUACAAUGAAUGUAUACGUAAACAACAUGAAUUAGAAGAGAAAAGUCAAUUAUGCGAAGCAAGACUGAUUCGAGCUGAUAAAUUAAUUGGAGGUUUAGGAAGUGAGAAAAUACGUUGGAAAGAAUCUGUCAGUAAUUUAAAUUACUUAUUAACUAAUCUUGUUGGUAAUGUACUAUGCUCCUCUGGUUCUGUAGCAUAUUUCGGACCAUUCUCCGCUAAAUAUCGUUUAGACAUGAUUAAUGAAUGGGUGGAUAAAUUAAAGUAUCAUCAUGUACCGCAUACUACUGAACCGGCACCAAAUCUAGUUCAAACAUAUGGUGAUCCAGUAAGAUUACGUAAUUGGCAUAUACUUGGUCUUCCUAAAGAUGCAUUAUCUAUUGAAAAUGCUGUGAUUGUACAAUUUUCAAGACGAUGGCCAUUGUUUAUUGAUCCUCAAGGUCAAGCAAAUAAAUGGAUUAAAUCAUUAGGCCAACCAGAUGGUAUUAUUAUUAUCAAAUUAUCUGAUAAAGAUUUUAUACGUAAUUUAGAGAAUGCUCUUCGUUUCGGUAAACCAUGUUUAUUAGAAAAUGUUGGAGAAGAGCUAGAUCCAGUUCUCGAAUCAGUCCUAUUAAAACAAACUUUUAAACAACAAGGUGCAACAGUUAUUAAACUUGGUGAUGCAAUAAUACCAUAUCAUAAUGAUUUCAAAUUGUAUAUUACAACAAAACUAUCUAAUCCACAUUAUAAACCAGAAGUUUCAACUAAAGUGACUGUUGUAAACUUUACUUUGUCACCAAGUGGUUUAGAAGAUCAAUUACUAGGCAUUGUUGUUGCUGAAGAACGUCCAGAUUUAGAAGAGGCUAAAAAUCAGUUAAUUAUUAGUAAUGCAAAAAUGAAACAAGAAUUAAAAGAGAUUGAAGAUAAAAUUCUGGAGCGCCUUAGUGCUACAGAAGGUUCACCAGUUGAUGAUAUCGAUUUAAUACAAACAUUAGAAGCAUCAAAAUUAAAAUCAAGCGAAAUUAAAUCUCGAGUUAUUGCAGCUGAACAAACAGAACGUGAUAUUGAUGAAACUAGAAGUAAAUACAUUCCAGUAGCAGUGAGAACACAAAUUUUAUUCUUUUGUGUUGCUGAUCUGGCAAAUAUUGAUCCAAUGUAUCAAUAUUCCUUGGAAUGGUUUGUGAAUAUUUUCCUUCAAGGAAUAACAAAUGCUGAGAGAGCUGAUUUUGUUCCACAACGUGUAGAAAAUAUUAAUGAUUAUUCCACAUUUAGUUUAUACUGUAAUGUAUGCCGAAGUUUAUUUGAAAAGCAUAAAUUGAUGUUUGCUUUCUUGUUGGCUAUUCGAAUAUUACAAAAUGAGGGUUUAAUUGAUUCUGAUGAAUAUCGUUUCCUACUUGCUGGUGGUACUCACAAAAUCAAAGAAUUACCAAAUCCAGCACCGGAAUGGAUAUCCGAUCGGAUUUGGGGUGAUGUGUUAAAUCUUGCCUCCCUGCCUAAGUUUACCAAUCUACCGGAAAGUAUGACACAAAAUCCUGAUCAAUUUAAACAAAUUUUUGAUUCAUCUGAACCACAUAGAACUAUAUUCCCUGAACCAUGGCAAGCAAAUUUAGAUAAUUUUCAACGUAUUUUAAUUCUACGCUGCCUUCGAGCAGAUAAAUUAACUAAUGCUAUGCAAGAUUUUGUCAGUCAACAUUUGGGUCAAAAAUUUGUUGAACCACAAACUGCAAAUCUUCAUCAGGUAUUCAAAGAUAGUUCACCGUCAACUCCAUUGAUUUUCGUCUUAUCACAGGGUACAGAUCCAGCUUCAGAUUUAUACAAAUUUGCUGAUGAAAUGAGUUUUGGGGGAAAAAAGUUGUCCGCUAUUUCUCUUGGUCAAGGACAAGGUCCGAGAGCUGAAGAACUUAUGCGAACAGCAAUGGAACGGGGUGUAUGGGUAUUCUUCCAAAAUUGUCAUUUAGCUCCGUCAUGGAUGCCAACAUUAGAAAGACUUGUUGAGCAAAUUGACAAAGAUAAAGUACAUCGUGAUUUCCGAUUAUGGUUGACAAGUAUGCCAAGUCCAGACUUCCCUGUUUAUAUUUUACAAAAUGGAUCAAAAAUGACGGUUGAACCGCCUAAAGGUUUAAAAGCUAAUUUAUUAAGAAUAUAUCAAUCAAUAAAUGAUGCUUAUUUAGCGAAUGUACCUGCUAAGAAUGAUGUCUUUCGGCAUCUAUUUUUAUCAUUAGCAUUUUUCCAUGGUGUAUUAAUUGAACGUAAAAAAUUCGGUCCACUUGGAUUUAAUAUACCAUAUGAAUUUACAACUGGUGAUCUAAGAAUAUGUAUGGAUCAGCUUAUAAUGUUUUUAGACGAAUAUGAUGUCACACCAUAUAAGGUUCUAUGUUAUACAGCUGGACAUAUUAACUAUGGUGGUCGUAUAACAGAUGAUUGGGAUAGACGAUGUGCAAUGACUAUAUUAGAUGAAUAUUAUUGUCCUAAAAUAUUAGGAGAUAAUUACAGUUAUUCAGCAUCAGGUAUAUAUCAUCAGUUACCGGGAAAUACAGAUCAUGCUGUAUACCUUGAUUACAUUCGAAGUUUACCAAUUAAUGAUCCGCCGGAAAUCUUUGGAUUACAUGAAAACGCUAAUAUUACAUUUGCUCAGAAUGAAACUUUUACACUACUAGGCUAUUUAUUAUUGUUGCAACCAAAAACAUUCAAUACAUCUGGACAUGGAAAACAAAGUGAAGAGAUUGUUGAAGAAAUUAGUCGUUCGCUAUUAACAACAUGUCCACAAUUAUUUGAUUUAUCGAGCAUAAUUCAAAAAUAUCCAGUUAUGUAUGAACAGUCGAUGAAUACAGUUUUAACACAAGAAGUUAUCAGAUACAAUAACUUACUAUCAACUAUACAAACAACACUGAAUGAUUUAAUCAAAGCAUUAAAAGGUUUUGUAGUAAUGUCAGCUAAUUUAGAAGAAAUGGCUAGAUCAUUAUUUGAUAAUCGUGUACCAACUAUAUGGGCUAGUAAAGCAUAUCCAAGUUUAAAACCAUUAGCAGCAUGGAUAGAAGAUUUAGUGAUGCGCGUGAAAUUUAUUCAAGAAUGGAUCGAUCAUGGUGUGCCUAGUGUAUUCUGGAUAAGUGGUUUCUUCUUCCCACAAGCCUUUUUAACUGGAACAUUACAAAAUUAUGCUAGAAAAAAAAUUAUUUCUGUAGAUACAAUUUCAUUUGAUUUUAAAGUAAUGAAAGAGAACAAUGCGAAAUUGAAUAAAUCACCUGACGAUGGAAGUUAUAUUCGUGGCUUAUAUCUAGAAGGUGCUGGUUGGGAUUCCACACUCAAUUUAUUAUGUGAAUCACGACCAAAAGAAUUAUUUGUCAAUAUGCCAGUUAUAUGGCUUAUACCAACAGAAAAUCGUAAAUCACCAAGUCAAGGAAUUUAUGAAUGUCCAGUAUACAAAACGUUAACACGUGCAGGAACUCUAUCAACUACUGGUCAUUCAACAAAUUUUGUAUUUUCCAUUGAAAUUCCAACUGAUCAACAACAAAAGCACUGGGUUCAACGUGGUGUAGCUUUAUUAUGUGCACUGAAUUAUUAAAACAAUUAACACAUUUGUAUUGUUUAAAUAUAGAAAAAUACAAAUCAGAUACCUUUGAGAGAAAUGAACACAAUAUUAUUACUAU